UAGUAACUUAUUAUACCGCGAGGCGGACGAUGACCUUACCGGAUUUACGUGUACAUACAGUAUCUUAAGAAACAAUUGUGUAUUCUUUAUAUUUAGAAAAGUAAUUACUUACUCCAAUAAUUAUUUUUUAUGAAACCCACUAUUGUAAUCAUGAUUUUAAAAUAUUUUUUGUGCUAUUUUAUACUCCAAAAUAAAAUAAUUUAGUGAACGAAUUUAUUUAUAAGUAUUUGAUGCGCAGAUAAGCAAUGCGCAAGUCUUGUUAUGCUCAACUAGCUAAGGGGCGAUCGGAGACGGACGAAUGAUCUCUGAGCAUGGCGUGGAGCUUGGUCAAGUAAACAACUUAUGUGUAUCAUUAUAUAAAAAUCUAAACUUGUAUCAAAUAGUUAACUUUUAUAUCUGAAAAACAUCAUCACAUAGUAACAUUUUCGAAACAUGAGAUUUAUGUUCAAUGUGAAAGGAAUCAUGUGCAUAUCUUUUUUGAAGUGAAUUGUUUUUUUUUGCCUUUUAUUGUUCGACUUAGUGAGAUUGUGACGUCAAAUUUUGGAGUACGGCGUGCCAUGUUUCGACAUUAGAAAAUUUCCACCACAAGGCAGCCAUCACGAUUAUUCUGGACAGAAAUGUUUUGAGCAUCGAGUGACUAUUCGAUUUACCAACUAUAAAGCUACUUUAAUAAUAAACGAAGAAUGUCGAUGCAACAUCUCUGAUAAAAUAGUGACUAACAACUGACAACAAAUUCAAAUUAAUCUUUCUUUUUGUCAAGGUUUAUGUCAAGUGAAAUGACUACAAUUGAUGGCAUAUCUUUAACACUAUACCUUUAAAAGCAUGGUUAAAUUAUGCUGUUGGAAGUAUUAUUUCUCACAACAAAAAAUAUAUCAUUCAUAGAUAAUGUUUACAUUAGAUUGCCUGCCAUCAAGUUAUUGCGUACAUGUCAUUUCGACCAUCUCAAAAAUAGAUGGUACCAUUAUUAAAAAAUGACGAUAACUAUUUGAUUAACCAAAAAAAAAGGCAAAUUUUGAAAUCACACGUCAUCAUCUUAUCAUUCUAGAGUAAAUUAUUAACUACAAAAAAAGAGAAAAGAAAUAUAAAAUAGAAAACAUGUUAGGUUGUCCAAACUGUUUGAGCUACUUAAGGUUGUCAACAACUUCUUCGACAGCUGAACGUGAGUCAUGUCAACUAUGUGAUCGCCUUCACAACAAUACUGAAAAUGAUAUGGUUGUUCAUAAAAAUAAAUUAAGAUUGAAUAAAAGAUGUGAAAUCAAUACUGACUGGAAAAGAGAUAAAGAGAUAUUGAUCACUCGUCAAUAUGGAAUGAAACCAGUGUAUAACUGUCGAAUGACAAAUAAUGCUUUGAGUGUUGUGCGAUGGAGUUCUGAAAGUAGAACAUUUUUUUGGUUUAAGUUAAUUUGGAUAGUUAUCAUUUUAUUUCCAAUUGUUACUGCCAGUUUCACCGAAAAACCUCUACAAACAACACAUUCUUUCGAUGGAGAUGUGUGCCAAAGCAUAGACAUAAGAAAUAGUGUGACUCAAUUUUCAAGACUGAAAGGCUGUCGAGUAGUAGAAGGUUUCGUACAAAUAUUAUUAAUUGACCACGCAGAUGAUUCAGCCUAUGCUAACCUCACAUUUCCGGAUUUGAUAGAAAUUACAGGUUACCUUUUAUUAUACAGAGUGAACGGCUUACGAAGUAUUGGCCAACUUUUUCCCAAUUUAACCGUUAUCCGUGGUCAUUCGCUCUUCAUAAAUUAUGCACUGGUGGCUUUCGAAAUGAUGCACCUACAAGAAGUUGGCCUAUACUCACUUACUGAUAUAUUACGAGGUUCUGUACGUUUUGAAAAAAAUCCAAUGCUCUGCUAUGUUGAUACUAUUGAUUGGGAUAUUAUCGCUAAAGCUGGGAAUGGAGAACAUGUUAUUGCGGAUAACAAGCUCAAGAAUUUAUGUCCUGUGUGCGAAAAACACUGUCCAACUCGUUUAACAAAGCUAGAUGAUAAUUUAUGUUGGAAUGGACAAAAUUGUCAAAAAAUUUGUAAAUGUGGUCAUCGUGCUUGCAAUCCGUCCAACGAAUGCUGUCAUCCCCUAUGUUUAGGAGGAUGUACUGGUCUAACAGCAUUAGAUUGUAACAUAUGCAGAGAUGUAAUUUUACCUGAUAACAAAUGUGCGAAACAGUGUCCAGAAAAUAUGUAUGAAUUUUUAAAUCGUCGAUGUAUAGAUGAACAUAAAUGUCGGAAAAUGAAAAAGCCUUUGGAAUCAUUCGGAAACGUACGGGAUUAUCCAUAUAAACCUUUUAAAAAUAGUUGCGUGAUUGAAUGUCCAGCAGGUUAUAUGGAUGAUGAAAGUGAUGGUAAAGCUUCAUGUAAAGAAUGUGACCGUGCUUGUUCAAAAGUAUGCUCUGGAGCAAGUGUUGAUAGCAUUGCUUCUGCUCAAAAACUUCGUGGUUGUACUCGUAUCGAAGGUAGUUUGGAGAUACAAAUAAAAGGUGGCAAACACAUGGUGAAAGAACUGGAAGAUAAUUUAAACAUGAUAGAAAUAAUUGAUGGCUACUUAAAAAUUGUACGAAGUUUCCCUCUGAUAUCUUUAAACUUUUUAAAAAAUUUAAAAUUGAUUAAUGGUUCUCAAUUAGAAAACGAUAAAUAUACAUUAGCAGUUCUUGAUAAUCAAAACCUUCAAGAGUUAUGGGACUGGGAUACUCAUCCACCUAUUACUAUAAAAUCUAAAGAUGGACCUGCCAAAGUAUUUUUUCAUUUUAAUCCAAAGUUGUGUCUUCAAAAAAUAGAAAAAUUACGAGAAGUUGCUAAACUCUCUCGAUUUACAGAUUUAGAAGUUGCACCAAAUAGUAACGGUGAUAAAGUAGCUUGUAACGUAACUGAAUUAAAAGUAUCUGUAACUAAAAAAACUGCUGAAGCAGCACUUAUAGAGUGGAAAGCAUUUGAACAUCAUGAUCCGAGAUCAUUAUUAGGUUACGUUGUUUAUUUUAUAGAAGCACCCCAUCAAAAUGUUACAAUGUACGAUAGUCGUGAUGCAUGUGGAGGAGACGGUUGGAGAGUAGAUGAUGUUGCUCCAGAAUCGUCAAACGAAUCAUCAAAUCUUAUUAUUACUGCUUUACUCACUCAAUUAAAGCCAUACACUCAAUAUGCAUUUUACGUUAAAACUUAUACCAUCGCCACGGAAAGAUCAGGUGCUCAGAGUAAAGUACAAUAUUUUACAACUUUACCUGGUGAACCAAGUCAACCUAGAUCUUUCUCUGUUUGGAGUAAUUCUAGCAGUGAAUUAGUCAUGUCUUGGCUUCCACCACUUCGAAGUAACGGAAAUUUAACAUAUUAUAGAAUUAUUGGCAAACAAGAAGUAUAUGAUCCUAAUCUUCUUGCGAAACGAGAUUACUGCGAUAAACCUUUGCAAUUUCCGGAUAAAAAACCUAUAUCUGAGAUAGCUGAAGAGGAACGAAAACGUGCAGAAGCCGAAAAAGAACGUAAUAAGCCUGAUUUAUCUUCUUGUGAAUGUGCUGAUAAAGAAUCAACUCAAUCAGAAAGAGAAAAAGAAGUGUCAGGUUCGAUUGCUUUUGAAGAUGCAUUACACAAUCAGGUUUAUGUUAAAAGAGUUGGCAGCAAUAGUAGACGUAGACGAGAUAUAACUGUUAUUAAACCGAGUGAUCUUGAAUACUUACGAAAGAACGAAACAAUCAUUAACACUGAUCAGACGCUUAAUCUAAUACCCAGUUCUGAACAAUCAUUCGUAAUGCGAAAUUUAGAGCAUUUCGCUACUUAUAAUAUAGAGCUUCAAGCUUGUCGAGAAGCUGUUCCUGAUGAUGUAAGCGAAAAAUGUUCCACAAAAGUGAUACAAAACUCUCGAACUUUACCAUUUGAGCAUGCAGACGAUAUUCCGUUGGGAUCACUGAAAUUACAAAAGAUCUAUGAUCGCACUAACACUAGUCGUCCAGCAGUGAAAUUACAGUGGGAAGAACCAAAAAGACCUAACGGAUUGAUUGUUGCCUAUCAAAUUGAAUACAAACGAGUAGGAAUGCCAGAUAUUCAGCCAAUUGUAGUUUGUAUAAGUAGUCAAAGAUUUCGCAACGACAGUAAUUCUUGUAUCACUAAAGAUUUGCCGGCUGGUAAUUAUUCCGUAAAAGUUCGGGCUACAAGUUUAGCAGGAAGUGGUGCCGACUCAGAAGUACUUUACGUAUAUAUUGAGGAAGAUAGUUCAAAAGACAAAUUUGGGAUUAUUUUCUGGUCAGUGUUCUUCAUCGUUCUCAUUGCAGCAAUUUUUAUUGGAAUGUAUCUGUGUAAACGUAAGCUUAUGCGAAAUGUACCGAGUAGAAGACUGAUAGCGACCGUGAAUCCAGAAUAUGUCAGCACUGCUUACGUACCUGAUGAAUGGGAAGUACCAAGAAAGAAAAUUCGUUUAUCUCGAGAGCUAGGGAAUGGUUCUUUUGGUAUGGUUUAUGAAGGUAUUGCUAAAGAUAUUAGUAAGUUAAAACCUGAAAUAAGAUGUGCCGUCAAAACUGUUAAUGAAAAUGCAACCGAUCGUGAACGCAUAGAAUUUUUAAAUGAGGCUUCGGUAAUGAAAGCUUUCAACACCCAUCAUGUUGUUCGGCUACUUGGUGUUGUAUCUCGAGGUCAACCUCCUUAUGUCAUCAUGGAAUUAAUGGUAAAUGGUGAUCUCAAAACUUAUUUACGAAGUCAUCGACCCGAUCAGUGUGAGAAUAUGUCAAGACAACCUCCUACACUCAAACGAAUAAUACGAAUGGCAGCUGAAAUUGCCGAUGGAAUGGCUUAUCUUUCAGCAAAGAAAUUUGUACACAGAGAUUUGGCAGCUCGCAAUUGUAUGGUAGCAGAAGAUCUGACCGUAAAAAUAGGUGAUUUUGGAAUGACUAGAGAUAUAUAUGAAACAGAUUACUAUCGAAAAGGUACAAAAGGUCUUCUGCCGGUUCGCUGGAUGGCACCUGAGAGUUUAAAAGACGGAGUAUUUACUAGUUAUUCAGAUGUCUGGAGUUAUGGAAUAGUUUUAUGGGAAAUGGUAACACUUGCAUCUCAACCAUAUCAAGGAUUAUCGAAUGAUCAAGUAUUACGUUAUGUAAUUGAUGGAGGUGUAAUGGAACGUCCAGAAAAUUGUCCUGAUUCUCUUUAUCGAUUAAUGCGAGGAACAUGGAAUCAAAAAGCUGUACGAAGGCCUACAUUUAUUCAUAUUACUGCUAUGCUUUUGAAAGAAGCAUCUUUAGAAGGUUUCGAAACUGUCAGCUUUUAUCACAGCCCGGAAGGAAUUGAAGCUCGUAAUCAAAACAACUCUCUUUCACCACUCAAUGAUAACGAUUUUGAAAUGGCUUCGUUAGAGGAUUUAAGAGAAGACGAACAAGAAGGAGAUGAAGGUCUACCACUGCGUGAAGAUUUUGGGGAUUUCGCAAGUGUUGAACCAAGUUGUUUUAAAAAUAGUACAGAUUCAAGAUAUGAUUUAAAACCAUACGAUGAUAACCCUGGAAUUCCUGCGAGCUUCCACGAUCUAAACUCUUCAAAGAUGCCUCUUAAAGCUGGUUUUGACGAUUUUGAUGGUGUGUCAGUAGGGUCUUUUUGCUCGAGUAAAGAUACAUUGAAUUUUCCAUUUGUGGAAGAAAGCCUUAAAUCAGUUAAAAACUCCCCGUCCAUAAAGAACAAUAGUACGACUCGACAAAAUGUAAGUCCAUUGUCAAGUAAAAAUUCUUUGAGUCCUCAAAACAAAAAAAAUCAACUCAUUUUACGAAGUCACGUGCGAAAUAAAUCGAUCCAAAAUAUUAAGGAUAUGGAUUACGAAAAUCAAAGCACUGAACUUGUAUCAAAUGCUGAAAUGCAAGAUAUUAAUUCCACUCAAUUAGAAUAUCCGUCAUUAGAUAAUGUAGAUGUCACUGUUUCAGUUCAAGAAGCGGAACAACAAUCUCAGACUGAUUAUUUAGAUAAAAAUGAAAGUCUGAAUAAUGGAUACAUUAGUGGAACAACUACGUAGUUUACAAAGUAACUUGUGGUGCGUAAAGAAAUUUACUGUUUGUUAAUGAAAUAGAAGCUACAUAUACGAAGCUUGUUAAUAUAAAACUAUAAAAUUAUGAAAUCGGUAACAGCAUGAAUGGUUUAUAAUUGAAAAAGCUUUUUAAUAAUGAAUAUAUUAAAAUUUUAAAAAGCUUUAAGACUUUAUGUACACUACAGUGUAUAUAUCUGUAAAUGAAUAAUAUUACAUUAACGUUUUUUAAUUGAUUAAUCGUAUUUAAGAAGUCGCUAUUCUAGAACUUUUUUUGCUUGCGUCGAAUAAAUAAUGCAAUAGUAUCGUACUGUCGACAACGCUCAUUAACAAAGUUGCAGCUACCAUCAUUUAUAUUAACGUUAUUCAAUUUUUAUGCUCGAUUUACUGCAUAUCGGACUCACACACAGAU